AUGGUCUUAAGUGACAAAACAUAUCCAAGCAUGGAUACGGUUUCUUAUCCCCAAACCCAACUCCCUUUUCCAACUCCUACUAUCUCCAUCACACACUUACACCUUCCCGAUGACAACAGCUCUUCCCUCUCUCUCCCGCCUCAAACUCUCCCCUCCACCGCUCUCCACCACCAACGCCGCCGCCCUCCCACUACCCUUCCACCCACUUCCGCUCAGAACCUCCUCUACUUUCUCACUCUCCGCCACUCUCGAGAGCCGGCAACCAGCCCCCCCGCCGCCCAAGCAAGAAUUCACCGACUACGAUGAAGAAGAGUCCUACGGCGAAGUCAGCCGGAUCAUCGGCAGCCGAGCCCUCCAAAGCGGCCGCGGAAUGGAGUACCUCAUCGAGUGGAAAGACGAGCAUGCCCCCACGUGGGUCCCCUCCGACUUCAUCGCCAGGGACGUGGUAGCGGAGUACGAGACGCCGUGGUGGACCGCCGCCAAGAAGGGCGACGACGCCGCCCUCAAGCAGCUCAUAGAAUCCGGCGACGGCAGGGACGUGGACGCCGUGGACGCGGACGGCCGCACCGCCCUCCUCUUCGUGUCGGGCCUGGGCUCGGAGCAGUGCGUGCAGCUGCUGGCGGAGGCGGGGGCCGACAUCAACUACAGGGACGUCAGCGGCGGCCUGACGGCGCUCCACAUGGCCGCCGGGUACGUGAGGCCCGGCGUGGCGAAGCUGCUGGUGGAGUACGGGGCCGACGUGGAGGCCGCGGACGAUCGGGGGCGGACGCCGCUGCAGCUGGCGCGGGAGAUCCUGAAGUCGACGCCGCAGCUGCAGUUCGCGCGGCGGCUGGGGCUGGAGAGCGUGGUGAGGGUGCUGGAGGGGGCGGCCUAUGAGUUCGCGGAGGUGGAGGAGGUGAUGGAGAGGAGAGGGAAAGGUGAGAAUUUGGAGUAUCUGGUGAGGUGGAAGGAUGGAGGGGAGAACGAGUGGGUCAAGGCCGGGUUCGUGGCGGAGGACUUGGUGGCGGAUUUUGAGGCGGGGCUCGAAUACGCGGUGGCGGAGAGCGUUCUUGACCGGCGGGAAGGGGAGGGAGGGAAGAUGGAGUAUUUGGUUAAGUGGGCUGAUAUUGAGGAGGCUACUUGGGAGCCUCAAGAGAAUGUGGAUCCUGAUUUGAUUAAGCUGUUUGAACAACCAACUCCCCUUCUUGGAUCCUAAUUAUAUACAACUGCAAAUUCAUGGCUUAUACUGGUUUUUGUUCAAGGUUGAGAAAUAGUAUGAGCUACCGCAUUCCUUUGAGAAGUUAUUAAUUAUGAUACGACUAAUUAAGACAA